UCAUCAUCAUCAUCAGCAGCAGCAGCAGCAGCAGCAGCGCACACUGGGCCCAGGACCCAUUGUUCCCUGCCAAAAACCGCCACACAACAAGAGUAGGACAAAACGUUGAAGGCUCGCCCGCCGAUGACUGUUUGUUUUGGGACGCGUGGACAAAGGAAAGGCAGACACGCACGUGCAUGUGGCGGUCACUGCAUUGAAAAUCCCACUGCUCGCCGUGGUCAUGGAGCUCAGCGCCGAGGGGAGGCUCGUUGUCUCGGGCGCAUCUCUUUGGAGCUUGUGGAUGCUAUUUGUGUGCAUCACAGAGCUGGAUACACAGAGCACAGAGGGAACCAGACCCCAGUACCUCUGGCAAACAGGUCCAUGGGGUCGUUGUAUGGGCAGUGAGUGUGGUCCUGGAGGCAGUCAGAGCCGGGCUGUGUGGUGCACCCAUUCAGAAGGCUGGACCACCUUACAUACCAACUGCAAUCAGACAGAACGACCAGGCAACCAGCAGAAAUGCUUCAGAAUAUGCGAUUGGCACAAAGAUCUGUAUGAUUGGCAGUUGGGUGCAUGGAACCAGUGUGUCCCAGUGUCAGUACGCAGUGCUGGAAUGCAGCGCCCCACCGUGUGCUCCCGGGGAACGGAGGGCAUUCAGACACGUGAGGUUGGCUGUGUCCAGAAAGCAAAUGGUGAGCUGGCAGAAGAUGCAAUCUGUGAGUACUUUGAACCUAAACCACGCCUAGAGCAGGCCUGUCUUAUUCCGUGUCCUUGGGAUUGUGUGGUUUCUGAGUUCAGCUCAUGGACUUCAUGCUCUAAAACUUGUGGGACAGGCUUACAGAAUAGAAUUCGCAUAAUUCUAGCUCCACCAUUGUUUGGUGGGGCAGGCUGUCCAAACCUGACAGAGUUUCAGACAUGCCAGGCAGAACCUUGCAAAGGAAAAGAGAGCCUCUACAGCCUCAGAGUGGGACCAUGGGGGCCCUGCUCUGUCCUUUUACCAAGGCAAACUAGACAGGCUGACAAUCACAGAGAAAAUUACAACAUAUCUAGAGAAGGCAAUAAAACCUCUAAAGGGGAUGACAAACCACCUAGAGAGGGAAAAAACAUAUCCAGAGGUGCUGAGAAGCACAGCAAAGACCCUUUUGAACAGUUAGGUGAAAGUGAUAAAGUGUCAAAACUAGGGGACAAACUGACCAGACAUAGUGACAAGCAACAAAAAGGAGGCAGCAGGUCCAAAGAGGGUGAUCAAAUUUCCAGAGAAAAUGUCCAAAAGAAAAAAGGAACAAAAGGUUCCAACAGAAAAUUAAGAAAAGCAAAUAUAAAACCAGACAGACCGCCUCAACAAGCAGGUGCAGGUAGACAACAGAAAAAGGCCAAACACAAGAAAAAAGUAGAGAAAAUGACAAAGCAGGCACAGGAGAGGGACAUGUACAAGGGAAAGGCAAAGGAUCCCGAAACAAGAGAACGUAUGAAGAAAAAAAGGAAUAGGAACCGUCAGAACCGUCCUGGGGGGAAGUUCUGGGACCUGCAGGUUGGCUACCAGACCAGAGAAGUGACCUGUGUCCACAAGAGUGGGACCAUUGGAGCUCUCAACCUGUGCUCUCAUGAAACAUUGCCAGUGACAUUCCAGGCUUGUGUGAUGACUAAAGACUGUGAUGUGACUGAAUGGUCUGAAUGGUCAGCUUGCUCCAAGGAUUGCUAUGAAGCCAACAGGCCCAAAGGUGAACGGACCCGCUCCAGAAAAGUGAAUCAUUUCCCAACUGAUGGAGGAGAAAAAUGUCCAGAGCUGGAAGAGACAGAGCCUUGCAUUCCUCAGGGAGCUGGAGUGGCACCCUGCAAGGCUUACAUAUGGAAAACCACUGAAUGGACAGAAUGUAGGGUAGAAGCACUACUGAGCCAACAGAACCGUCGGCGUGGAAACCAGACAGGGUUGUGUGGAGGUGGGAUUCAAACCCGUGAGAUCUACUGUGCCCAAAUCAGCACUGACUCACCAGGCAACCUAAGUUCACUUGGAAAGAAAGAUGUAUUGCGACCAGUUGACAAUGAGCUUUGUCUUGGCCCCCCCCCCAACACCACCCAGCUGUGCCAUAUCAGCUGUCCUGUAAAAUGUGAAGUGUCUUCAUGGAGCUCCUGGGGUCCUUGCACUUACGGAAACUGUGAAGAUCAGACAGACAAGAAAGGCUUUAAACUGAGAAGGAGGAACCUCAUCAAUGACUCAGUGGACUGGACAGAGACCUGCCCUCACUUGUUGGAAGCAAUACCAUGUGAAGACCCCAGCUGUUAUGACUGGUUGGUGCUUCAACUGGAGGAGUGUGUCCCUGAUAACGAGAAGGAGUGCGGUCCAGGUACCCAGAUUCCUCGAGUGCAGUGUGUCAAUAGUGACGGAGUAUAUGUGCAGAGGCAACUCUGCCGUGAUGCCAUUCUGCCCAUGCCUGCCAUUUGUGAGGUGCCUUGCCCAAAGGAUUGUGCCCUGAGUCUGUGGACACCCUGGUCUCUUUGCUCUCACACCUGCUCUGGAAAAACCACAGAGGGCAAACAGACAAGAACUCGUACCAUCCUUGCCUAUAACGCAGGUGAAGGUGGAGUCCUAUGUCCAAAUGUCAGUGCCCUGCAGGAAGCAAGGAGAUGCAAUGACCACCCCUGCACUGUGUACCACUGGCAAACCACCCCAUGGGGGCAGUGCAUAGAGGACUCAACAGUUUCAGCUACCAACAUGUCCAUCAUCCAAACACAGAUUGACACAGCAGCCUGUUCUGUGGGCAUGCAAACCCGCAAGGUCAUCUGUGUCCGAGUCAAUGUGGGCCAAGUUCCUCCAAAAAAGUGUCCAGAGAGUGUGCGCCCAGACACAGUCAGGCCCUGCUUGAUGCCAUGCAAGAGAGACUGCAUUGUGACCCCGUAUAGCGACUGGAGCCCAUGUCCAGCAGGAUGUCAAGCAGGUGGAAAGACUAAGAAUAAACAGAACAGGAAGCGUGUCAUAAUUCAGUUACCAACCAAUGGGGGACUGGACUGCCCUGAAGUACUGAGCCAGGACAGAGAGUGUGAGGCUCCAUCUGUCUGUCAAGGAUACAGAUGGAGAACACAUAGGUGGCGACGAUGUCAGCUUGUUCCCUGGUCUGUUCGUCAGGACAGUCCAGGAGCUCAGGAAAUAUGUGGACUGGGACUUCAAGUCCGAGCUGUUUCAUGCCAGAAGCAAGAUGGAGGGCCAUCAGACAUUGAGGCUUGUAUGAAGUCAGCUGGCUCAAUGCCACCUCUCACCCAGUCCUGCCAGCUGCCCUGCCAGGAGGACUGUCAGCUUAGCAGCUGGUCCAAGUUCUCUUCCUGCACACUCAACUGUGUUGGUGUCAGAACACGCAAGAGGACGUUGCUGGGAAAAAGCAAAAAACGUGACCAGUGUAAAAACUCCCAGACAUACCCACUGAGCGAGACCCAGUAUUGUCCAUGUAACAAAUACAAUGCUCAGCCUGUGGGCAACUGGUCAGAUUGUGUCUUGCCUGAAGGCAGCCGUGUGGAUGGGCAAUUGGGAACCAAGGUCCAAGCUGACAUCAAGGAAUGUGGCCAAGGAUAUCGUUACCAGGCCAUGGUGUGCUACGAUCAGGACAACCACAUAGUGGAGACCUCUCACUGCAACAGCCAUGGCUAUAUUGAGGAGGCCUGCAUCAUCCCCUGCCCAUCUGACUGCAAACUGAGCGAAUGGUCCAACUGGUCACGUUGCAGCAAGUCAUGUGGUAGUGGUGUGAAGGUUCGCUCCAAGUGGCUCAGAGAAAAGCCCUACAACGGAGGGAGGCCGUGUCCCAAACUGGACCAUGUCAACCAGGCUCAGGUGUACGAGGUAGUGCCCUGCCUCAGUGACUGUGGACAGUACAUCUGGGUUACAGAACCCUGGAGUGUGUGGAAGAUCAGCAAUAUGGACCUGAAGGAAAACUGUGGUGAAGGUGUCCAGACCAGGAAAGUCAAGUGUAUGCUGAACACAGUAGAUGGGCCCUCUGAGCAAGUGGAAGAUUAUCUCUGUGAUCCAGAGGAGAUGCCUCUGGGAGCCCGUAAGAUCUGGCUGCCCUGCCCAGAGGACUGCGUGUUGUCAGAAUGGGGAGCCUGGAGUCCAUGUCCACUUCCAUGCACUGGGAACAGUACUCGGGAAAGAAGAGCUUACCUACUACGGAAGCCUGGAGAACAGAAGGAAUGUCCACCAACUGUAGAGAUGGAGCUCUGCCAACUCAACAGCAACUGCUUCUACUAUUCAUACAAUAUCACUGACUGGAGUACCUGUCAGCUUAGUGACAGAGCAGUGUGUGGACCUGGCUUUAAAACCCGCAUACUGGAUUGUGUGCGCAGUGAUGGCAAAUCUGUUGACCCUAAAUUUUGCAAAGAGCUGGGUUUGGAGAGGAAAUGGCAGAUGAAUGCUUCCUGUGUGGUCGACUGCCCUGUCAACUGCCAGCUGUCGGAGUGGUCCCAGUGGUCUGAGUGCACUCACACUUGCGGGCUGACAGGCAAGCUAUGGAGGAGAAGGACAGUCAUUCAAGCUCCACAGGGUGAUGGCAGGCCAUGCUCAUCCCAAAAGGACCAGUGGAAGCCAUGCUUAGUGAAGCCAUGCUACAUUUGGAGAUAUAAUGCCUGGUCGGAUUGCAGGUCCCAGGGGGCGAGGUGUGGAGAAGGCUUGCGCUUCAGGAACGUGUCAUGCUUUGUUUCGGAUGGCUCUGGUCAGCAACACGGCAGCCUGGUAGACGAUGAGUUUUGUGGGGAUAUGGAGCCGUCGGUGGAUGGAGAUGCGCAGAUUGUUCUGAAGGAGCCAUGCAUUGUACCAUGUCCAGGAGAGUGUUACCUGACGCAUUGGACUGUGUGGAGUCCAUGCCAGCUAAGCUGCAUACAUGGGGAGGAUUUGGGUUUUGGCUCAGUCCAGGUGAGAUCCAGAGCUGUCGUGGCCCAGGACCCAGAGAACCUGCUGCAGUGUCCAGAACAGGAGCUGGAGGCCCGACCAUGCACAGAGGGUCUGUGUUUUGAAUAUAAGUGGAGAACUGGGCCAUGGAGAGGAUCAUCCCGUCAAGUCUGGUGUGAGCGCUCUGAUGGACUUAAUGUCACAGGUGGCUGUCCAGCAACCACCAAGCCGAUGUCCGACCGUUCCUGUGACCCACCCUGCACUAAGACACGCUCUGUCUGCACAGAGGCAGGUGUGUGUGGCUGUGAUGAUGGCUACACUGAAGUGAUGACAUCUGAUGGCUUGUUGGACCAGUGUACUGUCAUUCCAGUGCUGGAGAUUCCUACUGUAGACAACAACAACAGGGCAGGUGUGAAGACCAUACGAGCCUUUAACCCCACACAGCCUGCAGACGGCACAUCAGGAAGGUUGGGACGCACCUGGUUCCUGCAGCCCUUCGGUCCAGAUGGAAAGCUAAAGACCUGGGUGUAUGGAGUAGCAGCAGGAGGGUUUGUGCUGCUUGUCUUUAUUAUGUCUAUGACAUACUUAGCCUGCAAAAAACCAAAGAAGCCACAGCGAAGACAGAUGAAUAACAGACUGAAGCCGCUGACCUUGGCCUAUGAUGGCGAUGCAGACAUGUAAAAGUCUUCCUUGAACCACACUGUCCUACAGACACGUGUUCUACUGCUGGGCAAACAGGGCUGCAAGGGAAACCUACUAAUACCAGUGCUUCCAGCCGCAUUUAUCAGUAAAUAUGCACACCCUGAGGAUGAUUCAGUGAUGACUUUGUCUGCCAGCAGCCCUGGUGUUCAGGUCCUCUUUUUUAUUUUCCAUUUUGAUACGUUGUGUCACCGAAGCCUUCAUGACAUAUGCCUUCUUCUCUUUACCGUUUACUACUGCCAGUGGCACCAAGCCAGUUGUUGGGAGAGGGUUUCUUCAGUUCAUCAGUUUAGCUCUAAAAGCACAAUCAUUGCAAGUGUUACAGUUAUUGUUUCACACUUUUUUCUGCUAAGAAUAUUUAAGUCCCUAUGAAUAAUUUUUGGCCUUGGUUUUGGUACAUCCCAGAAGGUAAAGAACAUAAAACCAGAGAAGACAACAAAUGAUUUGCCACCAAUUCUCCCUUUAGUUAUUCAGACAUAGUUUUGCACUAUAUUAGUGCAGCAUGUGUUGACGUCUGGCUCUGUCAAACGUCAACACUGACUUUCUCAUUAAUAAGUUGUGUACAGCUUUGUCAUAAAAAUGUAUGAAAAGAGAUUUUUGCCAAAAAAAACCUCAGCAGUUUGUUUAUAUGUUUCUUAUAUUAUUCCUCAUUUGUGAUGUAUGUUUUAGGGACUCAAUGUAAAUAGUUUUUUCUGUGAACUUAACUUUAUCUUAGCUCUAGUUCUAAACUUUUCCUAGAAUUAUUAUUUUCUAACCACGUUAUGGCUGUGGCUUAAAGUUAUGCUUUUUUUUCUACUUUUCUAACGUAUUGAGAUGCAUCAAAUUAUAGUAAGUGAAGUAGAUUGGCCUGUAGCUAUAUUUUUGAUUUUCUGUUUGACCAUUACAAAAAUAAAACAAUAAUGUGAAAGAACAAAAGAGCGCCUUACAUUUCAUGGUUCAUUUUUUUUCAGGGGUAUUUUUGUAAUUUGACAUGUGCAAUUUAUUGAGCUUUUAAAUGUAAAGCAAUUUCCCUUUUUUUAAUGAAUUCUUAUAAUCUUGGAAGCUCUUACUUUUUAAAAUGAUUUUUCAAAUUUUAAAGCAUUUUCUUUUUUGUGAUUUCUUUAGAUUAAGGAAUGUUUUUAUUUUUUCAUGAGUUUUUGAAUUCAAAUGAGUUUUCUUUAUUUUCCUAAUAGUCAUACAAAAAAAUCAAAUAUAUACCUAUGGGCCACCAUAGCGAUUUUGAACCCUUAAAAAUCAAAGACGUGUUAAUAUUUCCUCUUUAUUUCUGACUUGUACAUGAUGUGUUUACAUUGAAUGACGUAUGAACCUUUUCUUAUUUUCAACAACCUAAUCCAUCUGAACCUGGCCCUUUGAGUUUGGCAGGUGUUGUUUCCAGUCCGUCUUCAAAACACAGCAGAUAAAGUCUCCUUUUGUGAAUCUGGAGCCACACCUGGUAAAGUGAUAUAAAAAAAAAAACAUUUAUCCUUAAGAUAAAAGAGAUGAGCACAUUCUACACACAACCAUAAAUAACAGUUCUUAUCUUCCGUCUUCAAUUAUUAGAUUCUGAUGAUUUUUGUCCGAUGAUUGUUAAAAAUCCUCUUCCUGAUCUAACACAAAUCAGACGAAUUGUUAUAUUGUAAUCUUUUGACUAAAAUUUAAACUUAAACCCACAGUAUGCUGCCUGUUUUUGGAAUGUUACAUUUAUAAUUCUUGAAAUACUACUUGCUAGAUAUUUGUUUUAAAAUGUAUUGUUUUAUAACAGAGUUUCAUUUUUAAUGCACAGAAUGUCACAGAAGAAAGGAAGUGUGAAUGUUAUUGUGCUAAAAGCAAAAAACAACAACAAAAAUAUUGAGUUAUAGAUGAACAUAUCUUGUUUCUACUGUUUAUUUAUAUUUGACUUAUUACUGAUAAUAAACCAAGAAAAUUCAA